AUCGAUAAUUCAGCGAUAAAAUAAAUAAAGUCGACGUGCCUCUGCUCGUUUUUUUUUUGUUAAUGCUUUUUUUGUGCUGCGGCUGCGCUUUUAAAUCUUCGCGUUUGCCGUGCGAUGCAAAUAUGACCGGCGAUCGCCUGGCCAGUGGAAAAUACAACGCGAAACGAUCGGAAACUGUGAAAAACGGAUGAUAAAAGCGAAACUCCAGAAAUUGCCAGCAACUGCAGCAGCAACAACAAUAAAAACUCGGAGUCGGAGGCGCAUUGUGUGAGAGAGAAGAGGCUAGACGAGAUCGCAUAAGGAGAGGCCGAGACCGAGUGAGAGAAGGAACGAAGGCGAAGGAGGUGGAGGAGGAGGAGGAGUGGAGCACAGAAUGGAUGUUGAAAUACCUGUUUUGGCUGGAUAUCUUAAUGUGCCGACCCAAACUGGAUUUUCGCUAAAUCGCAUCUCGAAAAAGAAAGCAUGCAAUCGGUACUGUUUGCUGUUCAAGGCCAGCCGUCAUGGCAUCGCCCGUCUGGAGAUGUGCGAGAGCAAGGAAGAUCGCAAUCCCAAGAUCUUCACCCUUGAGAACUGUGUUAAGAUCACCCAGGAGCCGCCGCCCGACCGCCUCAUCCACAUUGUGAAGCGUCAUGGCACAUUAACCCUGAGCACGAGCAGCGAGGAGGAGCUCAAGGAUUGGAUCACCGCCCUGCAGACCGUUGCCUUUUGUGACACCUCGCCAUCGGGCGGCAUUGGCGGGGCCAUUGAGGAGGACAAUGACCUCUAUUGCAGCUCCUUUGAUGGCCUCUUCAUCAUCACACUCAUCCCCUCGGAGGCCUCCAUUCGUUGCAACAUCGAACCCAAGACGUACAUGCUCCAAAUGACGCCUACGGAAUUGCAACUUAAAUCAGAGGAUUUGGGCGCAACAGUGGCCAUGUGGCCGUAUCGCUUCAUCCGCAAGUAUGGCUAUCGAGAUGGCAAGUUCACAUUUGAGGCGGGCCGUAAAUGCACCACCGGCGAGGGUGUCUUCACCUUGGAUCACACCAAUCCGCAGGAUGUCUUUCGCUGCAUGUCCGCCAAGAUGAAGUCGAUGAAGAAACUGAUUAGCGGCGACAGCAGCACCCUGAGCACACUGGAGUGCAAUGAGAAUCAGUUUAGUGCAGCGGCUGGCAUGGAACCGGGCUCAAGGAGCCCCCUGCCACCGUCACCCUCGAGCAAUCCACACGGGAGCGUUGGCGGCGGAGAGUUUGAGAUCAAUUCCACACAAAGUUGCAUCUCUUUGAGGGGAUUUAUCAGUUCGAAUGAUUCGCUGAAUAAUUUCUCUGGAGGAACAUUAUCCUCAACAACGGCGGGCACAGCUUCGGCUCCCUCUGCACCUGGUUCUGUCGUCACACUAUCCGUACCGCACAGCAUUCCCAAGAAGCCGCCUCGAAAUUUAAUGGGAGUAAGCCCAACAACAACAACAACACCCCAACAUUGUGAUAAAUACAGGAACAUGGUCAAAUAUGAGCCUGUGGCCAUAACAACAUCCUCCGCCGCCGCCACCAACACCAGCGAUAACAACAGUUCGGUGAUACUCAAGCCACACAUCGACAAGGAUGUGUCUGGGCCGGAUUUACCGCCCGAUCUGCCGCUGCGCAAUGAGAGCAAGGAGGCAGCGCCGCCCCCAGAGCGGGAUUACGAGUGUAUUGAGAAUAUAACAGAGGCGUGGCGUACCCGAGGCGUUGGUGAUGUCCGGCAUUGCGAACGUAUGCCCAUACUGUGCGAUACCACGGAGUUUGUCCGCCAGCGCUCGAUCACCAGCAGCGGCACGCCCAAAAUCAUAGAUAUCGAUAUUGGCGAGGGUAUAGGCAAUGAUGCCGUCGUUGCCAACGCCUCCUCCGAUGGCAACUAUGAUCGUUUGGACUUUCUGUCGCCAAACAACAAGACCUCCAGUGGCUACAAGACCAUUGUGAAUGUGACUCUGCCUGGGAAUCGGAUACGUUGCAGUCCGCCGCCGCCAAACGAAUACGAACUGAUUGCCAGUCCCGAUACGGAGAGCUUUCGCAAAGCCGACGACAGUCAUCUGGGCUAUGGGGUACUCCGAAAGUCCACUGGCACGGUCAAUAACAAUAACAACAACAAUCUGGGAAUCUCCAAUAGCAACAUGGAAUCAGCGACAACAACGGGAACGGGCAUGGGAAUGGGAACGGGAACGGGAGGUACGUCGGCCAUUGAUCAUCGCAGCUAUAAUGGCCUCAACUACACGAUUGUCAGCAAGCCGAAGCGAGUGUAAGGUAACGAUGGGACUGGGAACGGGGACUGAAAGUGAAAAUGUUAAGGAAACUUAAGCUAGAAGGGGUGCAGUCUGUGUGUGGAAAGAAGAUUCCGAACUAUAGCUGUUUUCAAUUCCAAUUUAAAGCCAUUAAAGCAUUGAAUAUCGUAAAGAAAGCAAGGGUAAAAUUCCGAAAUGAUAUAUUCUCAAAAAUAUAUAUAAAUAUAUCAAUAUCCUAUCAAAAAAUUAUGGUAAAUUUGAAUAUUUGAAAUUUUUAAAUAUGAAAAUAAUUUAAAUUUUAAUACAAAAUUAUUAAAAAAUAUCAGAAAAUUGGUAUUUUUAUAUGUCAUAAUUAUCUUGUCUCUUUUUUCCGAUUUUGUAGGCUCAGUAUAUGUAUAUCAAACAGAAUAUCACAAAUAUCGCCAUGUUAAAAUGUUAAUUUAUAUAUACAGUAUUGAUAUAUAUCUAUAUUUUGUGCCAUCCCAUUUACUAUAUAUAUUUUGUUAAAACUUCUGAAGCAGAAACCUAGAGUUUCUACUUUUAAGCAAGUUCUUGAGCAAAACUUUACUUAAAAUUCCUUAUUUUCAACAAUUAAAAACCGAAAAGACUACAGAAAUACACUAAAGUAAAGGCACUAAACCCUUAAAUUCCAAUUUAAUAAAUUUUUAAAAAUGUAUUAAAUAUUUGAGAUAAACUACAAAGAUUUCUAAAUGAUUUUUAGAAUACAAUUCGAUAUAUUUUGUCUUGAAAACCCAACCUUUUUUUAUAUAUUUCAAUAUGGGAAACAGCAAAACAACAAGUUUUUACCAGUAAAAUGCAUUUAAAUAAUAAGCAAGAAAAGCAGAGACUGCCCAGGUGCCUUACAAAAAAUAAGCAAAUAAAAAUGAAAGACGAUGGCGGGCAAUACUUUCACAGAAUCUCGCACAAAAAUAUUCGAAUACAGCCCCCGCCAGCCAUUCAAAUCGUGUUGUUUUUAUUUAUAUCUUUUGUUUAUCUUUUCUCUGUUAAAUUAAACUGUGAUUAUUAUAUAGAAUUGUUAAAUUUUGUAGCCAGCACAGACACUGCCACCGCCACUUGCACUCGAGGAGAUCCUCAGAAAUGAAAAGAACUCACAAAUUUAAACACGAAAUGUGUGUAUUUAAUUUGUAUUUAAAAUAUAUAUGUGUGUUUUUGUAUAUUUUAAAAAUGCAACCUUAAAAUUUGUAAUUAUUUCCCGAUUUAAUCAUCCAUCCAUAAGGUAUUUCGCUGCCAUAUCUCGAAUUGUUAUUCCUAUACGAUAAAUCGUAUAUAUACCUAUAUAGCUGCCAUAGGAACAACAUUUUAAUGCCAUAUACACCCCGAAAAAUCUCCCAAAAACAGUUCUUUUUAUCAAUAGAGACUGUAAAUAUAGGUGUUUUUUGUGUUUUUUUUUUAAGUGCUGUGGAACUUCAAGACCCCAAGACCCCUUUAGUCCCCGUGCACGUUCCAAGUUCUCAAAGCCAGGAUCCGUUGAAAUAACCACAAUAUUUUUAUUUUGGGUAUUAUGCAAAAGGUCACAAAAAAAAAACGAAACGAAAUAAAAAUAAAUAAGAAGACAAAAAAAAUACCAAAAUAAAAAUUGUGACGCACAUUUUACUUGAAAAUAACAUAAUUUUUUUUUACUUACUUUACGUUUACGAUUAUGUCUAUUGUAUAAUUAUUAUCUUUUGUGUCUGCAAACCUAUUAUUGUGUAAAUAAAGACCCACAAAAAGAUCCAACGAAACGAA